GUUCAAGUUACACACGCGUGGCCGCUGCCGUUGCUCUGCAAAAUCCAUCAUCAUGAAGCUCACCCCAGAGCUCCUUGCCCAAGCCCCGGCGGCCCUCAAUCCCUCGAAGGAACGCCAACUUGACCUUCGAGGCUAUAAAAUUCCUGCUAUCGAAAAUCUGGGUGUUACCAGAGAUCAGCACGAUGCAGUUGAUUUUACAGAUAAUUCAAUAACGACGUUGGGUAAUUUGCCUCUUCUCAAACGCCUCCACACACUUUUUCUCGCCAACAAUAGAGUAUCCACGAUAUCUCCCUCCAUACAUCUUUCUGUCCCCAAUCUCACCACCUUGGUCCUUACCAACAACAACAUAUCCGAGUUGGGUGACCUUGAACCUCUAAAGGAACUCAAGAACCUGAAGUAUCUUUCUCUUUUGGGCAAUCCCGUUCGGGAAAAAAAAUGGUAUCGCGAGUGGCUUGCCUGGAGAUUACCUGGGCUGAGAGUUUUGGAUUUCCAGAGAAUUCGAGACAAGGAAAGAGCCUACGGAAAACAAUUAUUCGUUACGGUAGAUGGGCUUCCGACUGCACUCGCGACUACCUUAUCUACUACGGUUUCCACACAAUCAUCAAAAGCAACCCUCACGAUUGACGAGCCCCGUGCGGUUGCGACUUCUACUAAAGCCGGUCGAUUAAUGUCGAGGGAAGAUGCAGAGAAGGUCAAAGCGGCCAUUGCGAAGGCGACGAGCAUAGAAGAAAUCAGACGUCUCGAGAGAAGUCUCCGGGAAGGAUAUAUCCCAGAAAUGGACUCUGUCGGGGCAUAGAGCACGACUAGUGCUGUGCAUUUUCGUGUUCUUGAAAAUCAUAAGGCGGCUCUACAUUACACCAAGCAACCUUUUACUCCACUGUACUUAUUAUUCUGUAG